CGGGGGCGGGAGGGGGCUGGAACCCCGCGGCGGCGGCGGCGGUCGGAGAGCACCACACCCCUCAGCGCGGGCCUUUCCCCGUCCCUCGCCCGUCCUUCAUCGCUGCUGCCUUCCGGAUGCGCGGUGCUCUGGACCAGCCUCACCUCCAGCUCUUGACAGCUCGGCUAACUUCUAUUCAUCCUUCAAAACCCAUCUCUGGUCGUAUCUUCUUUGUUGCCUUCGUCGGUCUGUAGCCUCCGGCGCAGGAUCCGUGUUCUGUGUUUAAUCGCUGUACACACCAGACCCAACAUAAGGCUUGGCACAGAGUAGUUUGUCCUCCAACGAUAGCAAGAAACUGUCUUCAAUGGCCUCAUUGGUAGCUUAUGAUGACUCAGAGUCAGAGGCUGAGACUGAGCCUGCGGAAAGUUUUAAUGCUGCUGGCCAGGUGAAGGACACCUCUGAUGUGGUCAAACCUCGUGGGCAGGAUUUUGCAUCAGAAACCCCAGGUGUGACAGAAGGGGCAGCACUGCCCACAAAGCACGGUUCUCAUGAAGACCCAGCUGGCCAUCGUCUCCCCCUGGUUCGGCUCUGGAGAAGUGACCCAGGAUCUUGCCCCAGCCAGAGGCUACGGUGGCCCAGAACAGAGCCUGAAGCCACCUUCCCCACAGGCAAGCCUCCUCGACCUUCCCUGUGGACCAGCCACGUUCCAGCUGGCCAUGUGCCCCUGGCAGCUGCCCGCUUUAAGCAGGUGAAACUCUCCUGGGGAACUUACGACUCCCCCGAGCCGUCGUCCUGUGCCCAAACCAAAUCUGAAACCCCAGGUAAAAAUGGCAACUCUCUUCAGAGGAAAAGGUGUGAGGACUGUGUCGUGCCCUACACCCCCAAAAGAUUAAGACAGUCGCAGGCAUUAAGCACAGAAACAGGCGAGAGUAAAGAUACGGAGGCACAGGGUCCCUCUGUGGGGCGUGCCCCGGCCCCUCUCUGUGUGGCCCCCAGAGUGUCCGAGUUUAUUGAGCCAUACUUGGACAGUCCGUAUCGAGAAACCACGAUUCCCAGGAAAGUGCUUUUCCACCUGAGAAGCCACAGGGGCCCCGUCAACAGCAUUCAGUGGUGUCCAGUCUUCGCCAAGAGUCACAUGCUUCUCUCAGCUUCCAUGGACAAAACCUUCAAGGUGUGGAAUGCUGUGGACUCAGGCCGCUGCCUGCAGACCUACUGCCUGCACAGUGAGGCGGUGCGGGCCGCCCGGUGGUCUCCCUGUGGCCAGCGCAUCCUCAGCGGGGGCUUCGACUUCGCCCUACACCUCACGGACCUUGAAACAGGAACCCAGCUCUUCAGCGGUCAGAGUGACUUUAGAAUCACUACUUUGAAAUUUCACCCGAAAGACCACAGCCUUUUUGUGUGUGGAGGCUUCAACCCCGAAGUCAAAGCUUGGGAUAUAAGGACCGGCAAGGUGGUGAGAAGCUACAAGGCAACCAUCCAGCAGACCUUGGACAUCCUCUUCCUCCAGGAAGGCUCUGAGUUUCUGAGCAGCACGGACGCUUCGAGCCGGGACUCUGCUGACCGCACCAUUAUUGCCUGGGAUUUCCGGAGCUCUGCCAAAAUCUCCAACCAGAUUUUCCAUAUGUCUGUGAUCAUUCUCCCUGGGCUGAAAUCGAGGUUUUGUCAGGGCGCACUGCUUCUGGAGGCUCAGAGGGAGUCUGCCCCCUCUUCCUCACGCUGGCCUCUUCAGACCCCUGCCACUGUAUCUGUGAGUGUGAUCGGCCGCCUCCCUUUACAAGGACACAUGUGAGUGCGCUUAGGGCGGUAAUAGAGGACGGCGUCCCCACCUCAAGAUGCUUGACUAAAUUAUAUCCGCAAAGGCACCCCCUCCGCCCUUUUGCCAUAUAAGGUGACAUUCACCGGUCCCGGGAAUCCGCAACAUGGAUGGGAGCGUGGGGGUCAUUUUUCCGUCCACCACUAGGGCCGUGAACCAAGGGGUGCCAGUAAGGGCAGGAAAACAGAUUACCGCCCAGAGCCUCCAGAAGGAACACGGCUCUGCUGACACCUUGAUGUUAGCCCAGGGAGACCCAUGGCAGACGCCUGACCUCCCGGACUCUAAGAGAAUAAAUGUGUGUAGUUUUAAGCCACCGAGUUUGUGGCAUCUUGUUAAGCAGCCGCAGGAAAGCCGUGCAGACCUCUAAGGCCAGGCCUGGGGGUGGGGCCCAAGGCUCCAGGAGCAGGGCGCUGGGUGACGUGUCUGGCGGAGGCAGAAGGCCCAGCUGGGGCCUUUUUCCUGCCUCCCUGUGGCCUCACGUCUUUCAGGAGAGAUACACCUGCCCCAGCCUCGCCUCGCAUCCGCGGGAGCCCGUGUUCCUGGCACAGACCAACGGCAACUACCUGGCCCUCUUUUCCGCCGUGUGGCCCUACCGGAUGAGCAGAAGGCGGCGCUACGAAGGG